ACCUCUGGCAACCAAACGAAGCGAAGGCAAGUAAACUGUAUAAGGUUUCGUGAGGUGGUGAACGAGAGCCAGCUGACCGCUUUAUAUCUGGUUUCCGGCUCUUUCAUUAUCGCUCUCUGUCUCGCGUUCCCUCAGUUUAGCACUAUGGUGCUUUGGCUUAUAUUUGUGCACUCACCACAGACAAACUGCAAACCGGUAGGCUAUUUGUGAUGAAGUUCUGAACUUCAUCGCUCGUUACAGCAGAGUUGGCUCGCGCAGUAGAGAGGCGGACGCCUCGCGGCGUCGUGUUACUUCGCGUCUUGCUUUUUAUAGGAGGAAUGGGGUGAGUAGUGAAAUGCCAACUCUCUGGAAACAGAUCGUGUUCUCCUUCGCCUCUAUACUCAGCAUCGGUUCUGUGGUGCUUCUGGUCGUGGCACUGUCCACCGAGCGCUGGAUCACCGGAACCACACUGUGUCAGACAGGAGUGGAUCUGGUGAACGCGUCUAGUCCAGAGCUCGAGCAGUUCACGGGACACAUAUACUACGGACUCUUUCAAGGCGGGAAAACACGGAGAUGCGGGCUCGGGAUCCGCCGCUCCAAAAUAUACAUUUUCCCAAAGCUCAUCAAAAAAAUCAACAGUGGUCUUCACAUGAUCAUUAUCUUCUUCCUUUUCAUUGCUAUUGGCUUUGCAGUUGUCACUUUAGCUUUCUGUAUAUAUAAUGCCAGAAAAGUUCCUUACCAGUCUAUCAAAGGACCUUUUGGCCUCUACAUCUGGAAUUUCAUUGCAGCUCUGUUCAGUGCAAUGGGUUUCGCGUGUUUCCUUGCAGCAAUCCAGUGCCAUCGGCUCACAGAACAUGUGGCUAACUACAGCGAGAGCCUUUUCACCCUCAUGAUCCUUGAGGAGAAUCUUGGUUACUCCUUCUGGUUGUGCGUUGCCAGCACUGUAACACACGGAGCUAACAUUCUUGUAGUAGCCUCCAGUAAAGUACAUCUGCCUAAAAUACAGACUAAGAAACCAGAGGAACCCACAGCCACCGGAGAUGAUUUUCUCUACUAAGGAAUGAAGAUGAGCUGAAUGUAGGGUCAGAAAGGAGGCUGUGCAGAUGAGCCAGACAGAUCAUUCAUGUGAACGACAUCUUCAGAUUCUGAGGUUAUUUAUGGGCUGAUAUGAGGUAAUUUAGACUGUGGUAAAAGCUCAGUUAGUAUAUGGCAAAUAUGUAAAAGAAAAUCACUUGAAUAUGAUGGUUUUUUAAUGGGGUUUUUUAAUGGAGGACAGCAAAAUGUUUUUCAAUUGACAGGUUAUGAACAACUGCAGGGCUUUCAGUCUGAAAUGUGAUAUAGUGUAUGUCUUUUAAAUGUUAGAAAAUUUUACAAGUUAUAUAUUUUACCAAGCUAUUAUUUCAGAGCUACUGAUAAAUGUACAAUAUGUAAUAAUGCAAUAUUACUGUCUGAUAUAUAAGAAUAAAAACUCAUUGCACGAGUCAAUAAACUUCACUUUUAAAAUGUUCC